AGACAGAGGUUAGCACGUUAUCGACAGUUGUUGGAUAAGCUUUCAGCUGAUGAUGUAACCUGGACUCCGUACGGACGAGAUGGCCACAUAGAUAUACCUCGCUCCUUGUUUACUGGCCCCAUUUGCCUUUCUGACAUUGCUGAGGGAUACGAUCCUGCACGUUGUCUGCGCCAGUUUGGAUACCGAAAAAUUAUCCCCCGUGCUAUGAUGGUACCACAUGAACAGUACCGUCCGGCUUCCGGCAGCAGUUACUUAGUCUUUUGGGAUCCGUGGGUGAAUCAGCUGUGGGAUAACGUGGCAGCCCAUCGUCUAGAUUUAAAUUUUGCUUCUCGGUCGUGCGAGUACCCAUCGGAGAUUGACUCGCUAUGA